CGAAAUGUCCUCAAAUGGCUUCUCGCCAGAGAUCAACUUGGAGAAGUUACACAAGAUGGCUGCAGAGGUGAUCCUGCUGGGGAAGUUCCUCCUCAGGCUCCUGGAUGCUGCUCUGGUGUUUGUAACCAACACACUGGCCCGUUUCCACCCGAUGCUGUCCGCUCUGGUUCUGUUCGGCCCUCUGCUGAGUCUCCGGGUGUCAAGGUGCAGCAUCUUCGCCAACAGCCACCACGACCUGUACAGGAAGUUCUUGAGGUCCACUUGGGGUUGGACCUGCAUCUACGGUUCCUUCACCCUUCUCUCCAUCUCAGCCUGCCACUCCCGCCACCUCUCUCGGAUGAGGGUUGUUGAUCUCCUGACCCUGCUGGAGGAUGCAGCAGGAACCUGUUAUGAACCUAUGACCCCCGCCCAGGAUAGUCGAGGCACCACCACCUCCUCUAUCCAACCCCUGCUGCUGCUGACCGAUGAGGACCGGACCAAGGCCUCCUGCCUAAAAGCCAACAUGGUGUGGAGGGGUUACGAAUUGUCCCAGGACAUCCUUAUUGUCUGCUUGUGUUGCCUGCUGCUUGUGGAGGAAAUGUCCAUCUUUGGUCUUCACCUGGCUCAAAGCAAGGCUCUGCAGAGGUCCCCCGGCGCCCCCCCCUACACGCUUCAUCUUUCAUGUGUAGUUCUACUCGCUGUUUGGAUGUGCCUGCCGAUACGUUAGCUUGCACACUUCAAGUUCCCGUCCCAGCAUCUGGGAGGAACUCUGAGCUACCUGGUGUGGAGAGGCCUCUAUCAAGGGUGGUACGGACUCAAACCGAGCUGGGCCUGUCCCGGUUUGCCGGGUGAGGGACGGUUUACCACCACGGAUAUCAACAAACAGCCUCAGUAGUGUGAAACCCUCAGUAGAUGAUGCUUUGGUGAUGUGGUUGUGACCUUGAAAGCUCAGGCUCAAGUUAUGGAGUCAAAACGGCUUCUGAUUAGGGGGUUGUGAAGAGUAGAUCACCUG